AUGGCCAACUACAGCUAUGACGAGGCAGGCAACAUGGCCGCGUAUUUCCUGCUUACCUUCUUGUCUAUUAUCCUCAUCCCGCUAUCGCUCUCCUCAUUGCCAUCACGAAAGUCGCCCACCGUGUCUGGCUGUCAAUGUCGUCAAUGUGUCAAGCAACGCGAGAACAUUCGCAAGCGGGAAAGAGGGUCUCUAUUCACGCCCAAGUUAAGGCGAAAAACUAUCUUCGUCAUUGUAGGAUGGACAGCGGUCGCGUUCCUCGCCUACAAAGUUGCUACGACAGAGGUCGAAAACAAGGUGUACGAUCCAUUUGAGAUCCUUGGGCUGCGGAGUGGAGUAGACGUCAAGGCGAUCAAGUCACAUUACAAGAAGCUCUCCCGCAAAUUCCACCCAGACAAGGUAAAACUGAGCAUCAACGAGACUAUCGAGGCAGUGGAAGCCAAAUUCGUUGAGAUUACGAAAGCAUACAAAUCGUUGACUGACGAGACUAUUCGUAAAAACUGGGAAAUGUAUGGUCACCCCGAUGGUCGCCAGGAAGUCUCGAUGGGUAUUGCACUUCCGAAGUGGAUCGUUGAGAGCGGGAACAACAUCUGGGUUCUUGGCGCAUAUGGUCUGAUUUUUGGCGGGGCGUUGCCUGCUAUGGUGGGCCGCUGGUGGUUCGGUAACAGACAAAAGACCAAGGACGGCGUGAAUGCCCGCAGCGCCGCGACUUUCUUCAAAACGCUCAACGAAGAGUCUGGUAUUGACGACGUGAUCGGGUCGCUCGGGAAGGCAUUUGAGUGGGAGCGUCCGCACGUGAAGGCGUCCAAGCAGGAGAGCGAGCUUGUUGAACUCGAGGCAAAGAUCCAAGAGCAGCUGGAUGUCAAGUGGAGCGAACUGAAGAAGCUUGCUGAGGCAAUACCUGGCAGUCAUGAGAGCCGCCGCAGGGCACUCGUACUCUUGUAUGCCCAUCUAUUGCGUCUUCCAGUGACGAAUUCUACUCUCCGUAAAGAACAAGCGCAUUUGCUACUGCAAACACCUACGCUCCUGAACUCAAUGCUCAAUAUCAGCAUCACACGCAAUUGGCUCCAGCCAACACUUGCUGCCAUGCGUUUAUACGCAUACCUUGCUCAAGCUCUCCCUCCUGGCCAGGAUCAACUCAGACUUGCACAGCUUCCUGGUAUCAGCAUGGACGAGUCCGCUAAGCUCUCUCCUCGCUUCAAUGCCGUAGACCAGCUCAUUGAAUCUUUCGAAAAAGAGGGCGACGAGCGAUUGCCUGAGAUUAAGAAGGCCGCACAGAAUUGGGGCAAGGUGGAGAUUGUCGAUGCUGCGUUCAAGGUGUUGGGCGAGCGAUACAUCACGCCUUCGGCAUUUAUUUCCUUCGUGUUGAAGGCGCGGAUUCCCUCGUAUUCGGGAGUGAAGCCUGUGUCAGACGUCGAGGCUGACCACAAAGCGGAGGACACGCGGGAGCAAGAUUUCUUGGCUGGUAAGGGCGAUGUUGAGACGCUUCUCAGCGGAGAGACGAGCAGUGGCUGGGCACACGCUCCAUUCUGGCCUUCCAAUCGCAAGCCAAGUUGGUGGGUCUUGCUGGCUGAUGUGCGCACGAACAAGCUUGUGGUGCCUCCGAUGAAGAUUGCGGAUGUACCGAUUGGAUCGAAUUACCGCAUGUACAAGAUGCAGUUCCAGGGGCCGCCUGCAACCGGUACCUUCCAUUGGAGGGUGCAUGUUGUUAGCGAUACAUUCGUUGGCGAAGAAGUGACACGCGAUGUCAUGUGGAAGGUCGAUGACGUCUCUGUGCUCAACACGGAUGAUCAGAACUCGGAUGACGAUAUCUCGGAACCGGAGGAGGAUUCGCUGGCGGGUCAGAUGGCGCUCAUGCGGGGUGGGACAGUGAAGAAGCGGCAUGACGAAGAGAGUGAUGACGAGAGUUCGACAGAUGACGACCAGGACAAGGACUCGGAUGGCAGUAGCAGCGAUAGUGACUGA